UUCUUCUCGUCUUCCUGCUAUCUGCUUCAAUCUUUCCUCGUUAUACGUCUCAUUUCUCUUCACACACACCAUCUCUGUGCCUCUCUCUCUCACUUUCUCCCUAUAUAUAAAAAAAAAAAUCCCAAUGGUUUUGGAUCAUCAAAACCUCUGAAAAAGUCUCUUCCUUUUUUUUUUUUUUUUUUUUGCCUUGCCUCUGACUGACCCUUUGAUUCUGUCGGGUCAAUCAUGGGCGGUUGCUUAACCACGGCCAAGGUCACCGGGUCAAACAGCAACACCACACCCGUCCCCGCCGUCGUCAACCACAACCGGAAACAGCCCACCAGGCCGCAGACCACGACCGCCGGAAACCAACAGGCCCAGCACCAGAGGACCAAUGAGGCGACCAAGAAGCACAAGAGCAAGCACAGCUCACGGAAGACGACGGGGGUGAUCCCCUGCGGCAAGCGCACGGAUUUCGGUUACGAUAAGAAUUUCGAUCGGCGGUACGCGAUCGGCAAGUUGUUGGGUCACGGUCAAUUUGGGUACACGUAUGUGGCCACGGACAGGGCUAAUGGGGAUCGAGUUGCGGUUAAGAGGAUUGAUAAGAAUAAGAUGGUUCUACCUAUAGCCGUUGAGGAUGUUAAGCGAGAGGUCAAGAUAUUACAAGCGCUUGCAGGCCAUGAGAAUGUGGUUCGGUUCUAUAAUGCAUUUGAAGAUGAUUCUUAUGUGUAUAUAGUGAUGGAAUUAUGUGAAGGGGGCGAGUUGCUGGAUCGGAUUUUGGAGAAGAAGGACAGCCGUUAUACUGAAAAAGAUGCAGCAGUAGUUGUAAGGCAGAUGCUCAAGGUUGCAGCUGAGUGUCAUUUGCAUGGUCUGGUGCACCGUGACAUGAAACCUGAGAAUUUUCUUUUUAAGUCAAAAGCAUUGGACUCACCCUUGAAGGCGACAGACUUUGGUUUAUCAGACUUUAUUAAACCAGGGAAGAAGUUUCAAGAUAUUGUUGGCAGUGCUUACUAUGUUGCUCCUGAAGUGUUGAAGCGCAAGUCAGGACCUGAGUCAGAUGUUUGGAGCAUUGGUGUGAUUACCUACAUUUUGCUUUGUGGGCGACGCCCAUUUUGGGAUAAGACCGAAGAUGGUAUAUUUAAGGAGGUCCUAAGGAACAAGCCUGAUUUUCGUCGCAAACCAUGGCCAACCAUUAGCAACAGUGGAAAAGAUUUUGUUAAGAAGUUAUUGGUGAAGGACCCUCGGGCAAGGCUAACUGCUGCUCAGGCUUUAUCACACCCAUGGGUUAGAGAAGGAGGAGAUGCAUCAGACAUUCCUAUUGAUAUAUCCGUCUUAAAUAACAUGCGGCAGUUCGUGAGAUACAGUCGUUUGAAACAGUUUGCUCUGAGGGCAUUAGCUAGCACACUUAAUGCGGAGGAGCUGGCUGAUCUCAAAGAUCAAUUUGAUGCAAUUGAUGUGGAUAAGAAUGGUUCUAUUAGUCUUGAAGAAAUGAGACAGGCACUUGCUAAAGAUAUCCCUUGGAAAUUGAAAGAUUCACGUGUUGUUGAGAUUCUAGAAGCGAUUGACAGCAACACAGAUGGGCUUGUGGAUUUCACCGAGUUUGUCGCAGCAACUCUGCAUGUGCACCAAUUGGAGGAACAUGAUUCUGAGAAGUGGCAGCAGCUGUCGCGUACAGCUUUUGAGAAAUUCGACAUAGACAGAGAUGGGUAUAUAACUCCAGACGAACUUAGAAUGCACACGGGCCUGAAAGGUUCUAUUGAUCCACUUCUUGACGAGGCUGAUAUUGACAAAGAUGGGAAGAUUAGCCUAUCAGAAUUCCGUAGGCUCUUAAGAACUGCAAGCAUGAGUUCACGAAACGUUACUAGCCCAAUUGGUCAACGGAAUUCUAGGCAGGCGUAGAUUGAAAGCAAUUGUUUUGAAGAUUGGAUAUAAGAGAGUGUGAGGAAGAUGUUCCGGUUUUCCAAUUAUAACCAUCCUGAACCACUUUUGAACUCCAGAAUUCAGCAUAGAAUCGUUAAAGCAUCAUGCGAUGUUAAAGUUGGUAUGGAUCUGAAAAAAAAGUAACUCCAGAUAUGAUGGUUCAAAGUGUACAUUCUUCUGCAAGUGUUGUGGAUUACUUGGUGGUGCAUUACAAGUGAUGAUGUGUGACAUAAAUAAAGUUAUAAUGAAAAUAUGGAAAGAUUAUAAUCA